CGUUCGUAUAGGAUCGCUUUUUUUCAGCCAUUUUCAAAUUCUUGUAUGUUGAUAGUUGAUACAAGGGAGAAGGGCAUUUCUUCUUCAUAUCGUGGAACUCGUCCGCAAGUCAGACUCAACAUUAAUAGUGAAAAACAGAGCCUUUAAGUACCUCUUAAGUAUAUCAAGUGUUAGAGGUUAUAAAAUAGUUGUGAACAUUUGCCUCAUGAGAUGAUCAAUGGAGAGGGCUCUAGUAAAGAUUCACGGGACAAGAUUGGUACCAAUUGUGACUGUAUAACCAAUUUUUAUUUGUCAUUUCGAAGGUGUUGGAAGUACUGAUAGCUAGAGGAGCUAAUAUAAAAACCAAAAUGAUUAGUGUACAAUGUGAGACAACGAAAGAGGAAACUGAGAAGAAAAAUAUAAUUCCAGGAUCAGCUCUGAAGUUCAUUGAAUUUAUAUAGCCAGAAGUUUAUCAAAUUUGUUGUUUAUUGCAAUAUAUAAUUUUAUUUUUUUCAUAUAUAGCAAAAUAUUAAUUCAUCACUUAUACAUAAAGCUGUGAAAAACUGCAACAUUGAAGAUCUUCAUUACCUUCUGAACAACAGAAAAGAGUACGUUGAUGUGGCCGAUAAAUAAAUGCUUACCCCUCUACACUGAGCUGUAAGGGAAAAGUACGAAUGAGGCAUGAAUCUCGUGUUGGAAAGAAGUGCUCAAGUUAUGUACUGAUAAAGGAGAACAGACACUAAUGCACCGAAGCUCCAAGAUGAUAAGCGCUCGUUUAGAAAAAGGAGCUAAGAUAAAUUGAACAAAUAACGACUGUAUAACAUUGGAAGGCCUAGCCAUGCUACUGAAGCAUGGUGAAAGGCAAGACUUGCUUCCACAUGCUUCCCGCAUUCUUAGAUGCGUUGUCGCUAAACAUUGCACAGACUCCACUCUCACAAGCAAAUUUGUUACAAAGAUCAUCACUCGGAUUGGUUUGAUAUUCCUUAGACAAAGUGGACAGCCAAGGUCAAAGAUGUCUGACCGUAAAUGUGAUAAGUUCUGCCUUCCAAACUCACCUCCAGAUAGACAAUGGUAACGAUGGUGACCUACAUCCACCAGAUACACACAUUGUGG